CUUAUUGAAACGUCAAAAUGUAACAAACUUCGCGUUAUAAAAUUGCUUAUUUGCGAAGAUUUCUUAAGGAUUUUUAGAUUCUUUGCUCGUGCACAAUAAAAAAACAUCAAAAUGUUUGGAAUAGAAAAAAAAGAAAUUUGUGGGUAUGAAACCCUCUUCAGAGAAUGGGGCUACUUUCUGACCUUCAGGGAAAAUUUUGAACCAGGGCUCGAACAGUUCAAUACUGCUGUUACUAAAGUACCAAAUGAUAAGAGAGCACUUCUGGGUAGAGCCCUUACAAGAGCUAAACUUUGCCAUUAUGCUGAAGCACUUGAAGAUAUCAAUAAAGCUGACAAACUCGCUGGCGAGGAAAUAGAUUUAACCAUUAAAGCUCAAAAAGCUUUAAUAACAUAUUUGAGUUGCGAAUUUGAGGAAGCAAUGGUUAUGAACCUUCGUCUGAUACCACUCAGAAAAAAACCAGAUCACUUUGUCAUGGGUGCCAUGCAUGUUAGUGCUGGUGGUAAAAAGAACAGACAAAAAGAAAGAAGAUUGAUGAAAGGAUUCAAUAUUGGUCCACAACCGUCUCCUUCUACGGGUCCGUUACCCCCUGUCGCCGAAUUUAUCGCGUCCCUACAAAAUCACCACAAUCAUGAAGGACAUAAUCACAAUGACAUAUUUGGAUCAACGUUAUCGGGAAUUUUCAAUCAGACGCCACGAAGAAUGCAACAACAGAGCACAGUUUCGUCCUCACAAGGAAGCAUCAACGAAGGACCAACAUAUCACAUUCACCACCAUAACCAUCACAGAAUUUCAUCCAAACAUGACUGGUUUAACAUGAAGAGAUCUUCAUCCCACAAACGUCGCUGGGGAACCAUAAUCGAAGCUGCCAAAACAGGAAAAGUGUCUCGACUCAUUGGCCGUUCCAGAUCAGAAGACUCCGUAUGCAAUUCUAAUUGCCAAGAAAAUGGGCAUCAUCAUCAUUCACGGAGUCACAGUAAUAGUCCUGCUUCUGAUGACAACGGAUCUAGCGCGUCAGAUUCCAAUCCCAGUUUAGAUAAUGCUGAACGGCCCGUUCAUGGAGAGCACCAGGAGCAUCACAAUCAUCACAGUAUUGUAAGUGGACUGGCGUUGCUCAAGAAAAAACGAAAAAAAUUCAGCGCUUCUAGAAAUACUAGUCCUGUAGUUAUACCGCCUAACGAAGCCGCUAUUGAACAAGCUGUAGCUGUUUGUAUAGGCAAAAAUAAUAAAAAG